UCGCUGCCGCUCUUGGAGCAGCAUCCUCCGGCGGAGCGGGAGUCUGGUUGGUGGCCUCAGCAAACAGUGGGGCCUCAGUGUGACAAUGGAGCUGCUUGCAGGUGUCACCCUAGCCGACCACGGUGGGCGGGAGGUGCUGAUGUGCGGAGAUCAGUCGGACCCCGUGGGUCAGACGUUUGGGGACGACGUGACGGACGGCGAGAAGGACGCAGGGGACAUGACCAUGGAGGUGGUCGAGGAGGAGGCGGGCGCCAUUGAGACGGAGGAAACGCACGGUCCAGUGGACGGCGGAGACACGACAAUGUUGAUGAGUAAAGAAGAGUCUCAGGGAAACCUACAGGAAGCUGCCAGAGCUGUCGUCGAGAUUGGCAAGGCAAACCACGUGCCUGGCAAUGCAGGCGCAACACAGAUAAUUUUUAGUCAGGCGCUGGGCCAAACGCUGGGGCAGACGGUGUCUGCCGGGAUGAUGGCCCAGCCUGGAGGUCAGCCCUUCCUUAUCCCCAUCAGCCUGGCAGGGCAGCUGGGUGGCUCCCAGCAGAGCCUGCUGUUCACGCUCCCAUCCGGGGGGCUCGGCGAUGCCGCGACAGCAGGAGGCGGAGCAGUUGGCGGCACGAGUGGCGGCGGUGGUGCUGCACCCAUGUGGUGGCAGCUGCUGGGUGCCGGGGGCUCCGGUGUCCAGGGUGCCUUGAUGGGCACCGGCAACGCCGGCGGUUUGGCGACCAGUGCGCUGAAUCUGGCCGGGAUUCAGACGCUGGGGAUGACAACGGGUGGGGGAGGGGGGCUGGUGGUGCUGCCCCUACAGACGCUGCAGGCUCCGACCAUCGUCGGCUCGCAGAUGCAGCAUGUGCAGCAGGUGCAGCAAGUGCAGCAGGUGCAACAGUUCCAUCAGGUGCAACAAAUGCAGCAGGUGCAGCAUGUGCAGCAAGUGCAGCAGGUCCAGCACGUGCAGCAAGUGCAAGCUGUUCAACAGGUGCAAGCCGUGCAACAGGUGAUGGCACAGCAGGCCUGCCCCAAGCAGACUGUGCCAAAGGGCCCAGCACUGCCCACCGCCAGCCGCACGGGCCCCCUACAACAGGCAGUGAGCAUCAUCCCGCUCAUGAGCUUGCCUCCCCAGACGACCCCACAGCCAGUGCCGGCACCUCCAGCACCCUGCCAACUACAGACGGCCACGCCGCAGAUCGUCACCAACGCCCAGGGUCAGGUGGUCGGCGUCCUCAUCGGCAACCAGCUCAUGCCCAUCGCCGGUCCCGGCACUCAACUGAUACAGCCCACGUCUCACUUCCUCCCCAUGGACCCCAGCGGACAGCUCUAUGCCACCACGGCCGCCGCCACCUCCACGCCGGCGCCCGCCAUCAACCAGGUGGCGACGCCGAAGUACAGCGUCGUCGGCAACCAGUUGAUAACGGCGGGCGAGCAGCUGCUGGAGGGCGUGAGCUCGCCGACGCAGAUAGCCCUGUCGCCGGUAAAGGUGGCGCAGAAGGCCGGCGGCUGCGCGAGCGUGACGUCGCCUCUGAAGAUUGUCACGGCGUCGCCGGUUGGCGCGGCGGAGAAGCCGGCCAAGGCCAUUAGGAACGUCCCUAUACUCAAGCGCAGCAAGCAGACGGCGCAGUGCAGCGUGCUCCUCGCGCAGCCCAACGGAAUCACCCCCACCCAGACGGCUGGCCAGGGGGCGCCAGCAGUCAUCAGCGUGAACCUCUCUGCCGCGGAAGAGCGCCCGGGCAGUGGCGUCGGCCUCGGCAGCGGCGCCUGCGGUGCCGGCGGCGCCGGCGGCGCUAGCGGCGGCGGAGUUCUGGACCUGAGCGAGGCCGUGGACCUGGAAGAGAUCCGCGAGUUCGCCAAGGUGUUCAAGCUGCGCCGCCUGGCGCUGGGCCUCACGCAGACGCAGGUGGGGCAAGCGCUGAGCGCCGCCGAGGGGCCCGCCUACAGCCAGUCGGCCAUCUGCAGGUUUGAGAAGCUGGACCUGACGCCCAAGAGCGCGCAGAAGAUGCGCCCCAUCCUGGAGCGCUGGAUGGGCGAGGCAGAGGCGCGGCACCGCAUGGGCACGCAUACGCUCACCGACUUCAUCGGCAGCGAGCCGUCCAAGCGGCGCAAGCGGCGCACGUCCUUCACGCAGGAGGCGCUCGCCAUCCUCAACACGCACUUCGACGUGGGCAUGCACCCGACGAGCGCCGAGAUGACGCAGAUCGCCGAGCAGCUGGGCUACGACCGCGAGGUCGUGCGCAUCUGGUUUUGCAACAAGCGCCAGGCGCUCAAGAACACCAUCAAGCAGAUCAAGCACCACCAGCACAUCCAGCAGAGCUUCGCCGCCAGCGCGCAGGCAGUGGCUGUUAGUGCCGCAGCCCCCGCGACCUCCGUCGUCACUGCCACCACCGCGGCCAUGGACACGUCCAACGUAGAGCAGGUCUUGGUGAUGGUGCAGGCAGAACAUGACGCGCCGGAUGCCACCGCCGACACCAAGGCCGGCGCGGGGCGUGGUACGAACGAGACAGAAACGUUGGGGGACGCAAGCGCGAUGGAGGGGCCCGUGGAUGGCGGCGGUGCUGGUGAGGAGGUCUCGGCCGAAGCUCUGAUGAGGGCGCUGGGCAAGGUGGUGUGAGAGGGCGAGGAGCGCUGACGCGGUGUGGCAGCAGCAUGGCUUCCGUGUUCUGGCGCUCGCCGCUCCACCACUGGCGAGUUCAACUCGUGUUACCGGGCGGUGCCGCGUUUUGUCUGUUUUUAAACAGGAACUAGUGGGAAGUGGUGUGUGCCAUUUCCCACACCACUGUUGUCUGUUUUUCGGAAAGUAUUUUAAUUCCAGGAAAUAUUGCCUUGAAGCGUGCCCAUUACAGUGAAAAAGAGGUGGAAAGAGGGGUGGAAGGGGAAAGAAAAUAUAAAGUUACUUUCUGGCAACACAGAACUUGUGGAGGAAUGACAAUUCUGCCAAAUCAAGGGGCAGGAGAUAGCUACAGAAAGCGAUCGCACCUCUGUAAACUCGUCUGCGAUUCUGGACUUCACUGCUUAUCACUACUGCCGAUACAAUCGUAUAACAUCAGUGCCUGGUUUUUGUGGUUAUGUUAGAAAUUUUACUCUGAAAUUGCUCCCAUUGCUUGCCGAGCAGUCUGUUAAGGCACCCACAGUGGUUUUGUUUUGAGUAAAAUGGUUUAGCAGUUUCAGAAUUAAGCCCCCUACGAGCACUGUCUCAAAACUCAUCUCUGCAGAUUGUAACUUUUUAAAACGAGCUACUUAAAAAACAUGUUAGUGGGCUGUUCCUCGGAGGCGUUCUCAGCCCACGUUGCAAUGACUUCCAGCUAUAACAUUUAAUCAACUUGCUCAUUCGCGUCAUUAACACUAAACCACCGUAAGUGUUUGCAGGUUUUAUUCGUCGCGUGUUCGUUCUACUAUAAAGCGAUCAGCCACACAGGGUCAUUAGCUUCGUAGAAGCGACAUUGAAUCCCUGGUGGAGACGCGUGGCUUCAGCCCAAUUGUGUGUGCACUGUUGGUAACCUGAACUACCCCAAUGCACGCUACCACACCUGCACCUUGUUCCAAGCGUGCUGGCUGUCAACAGGUGCUGUGUGCCCGGGUUAUGACCUCUGCGUGUAUCUGACCAUCAAAGCAGGGCGGUGUCAAAACGGCUGUGAACGGCUUUCAUGACCGCGUUUUUGCGAUUCGGCAUUGAAAGCCCCACAUUCCCCACCCUCGAGCCCUCUACUGCCCCGCUGAGUGUAGCUCAGAGCACUGUCAGUUAUAUGUAUAUAGCAACACGUGUUUCAGAGGUAAACUUAAGUUUCAACCAUCAUGCUGACUUAAGAAAGACAAGGGAGCUUUUGCAGGGCAUAUCACUCGACAGAAUGUUGACCGGUGGCCGAGGCUAAACGGGAGAGUGACACCCAAAAGGGAGGGAUCCGAAACGCUGGCCGUGAGAAAGUCGACUGUUGUGAAAAUGGAGCAAUGAAACCAUCUCAUAUCAUGAGACCACGAGAGAGGGCCGUGGUCUUGGGAAGGCCUCGAUCCAGCAGUGGAAUGAUCAGGAUUGCUGAUGGCAAAAAAACAAUUAAAACCGCACUUUUGUUUGGGUGGCUGUUUGGUAACGUGGAGGUACGGUGCCAAGGGUUCAAGUGAAGGGCCCACCAUUAACCACCAGUAGCUGACGAUAGCGUCUGCUCUUUAAAUAGCUCAACCAUUAUCAAUGUCCACUAAGGUUAUUCAGACCACUGAGCAUGGUAAAAAUUCAAGCUCGAGAGCGAAUAAAAAAUAUCGG